ACCACUGCAAAGUGUUGAGCGCGGGACGGACUGGCUCGGGUCCACACCACCCUUCAUUUGUCCAAGAGAAGACCCCAAACCUCCAGUGAGACGUUCACACUCUCAUCCCAACCAAUAAUGUGAGAAUCAGACGGAAAGCAGAUGCGUAAACUCACCGUCGCUUCAUUGUGCUCCAGUGCCGUCUACACUCAACACACUGUCCCGCAGUUCGCAGCCAGGCUACAGUAGAGGCUAUCCACGCGGAUUACCUGGUGGGAGAUGCGGCAAUGUCCCGAGGAAUGUGCCCACGCGUGAACUCUUGCGGAUCCGUUUGGAUUUUGUCUGCGCUCAUAUUUGCCGUGAACGUGAUCGACGUGGAUGCGUACAGCUGCCAUGAAGUGCGGACCGCGUUCCAGCUGCGGCAGGUCGGGCCGCUGCACCGCGUCCCGGAGACACCUGGCACAGAUGUGGAUCUGUUGAUUUGCAAGCACCAGGGUCCAUCGUGCUGCACCCGGAAAAUGGAGGAGAGCUACCAGUUUGCUGUAAAACGGGAAACCCUUCACAACAUUCACUCCUACAGCUAUGAGCUUGAACAUCUCAUCUCCGGCCACUCAGAUGCCUUCCAGGACAUGUUCCAGUACCUGCUAUCUUUCUCUCAGGGACACCUGAGUUCUCUGUUGGAGGGAACUUAUCCCUCCCUGUCCCGCCAAACGUUACCCCAUGUAAAUCAACUCUUCUCCUCCCUCUCCCUCUACCUCCGCGGGGCCAACGUUUCAGUGGAGGCUGCAGUUCAACAAUUCUACAACAACCUUUUCCCACUCGUCUACACACGACUCAUCAAUCCGUCUAUCGAAGGCAGCAUGACAGCGGGCAGCGAGAUGGGUGACUGUCUCCGUAUGAUCAGGCAGGACGUCAACCCCUUUGGGCCUCAUCCAGCCGUCAUGGCGCAGGAGCUGGCCGGGGCACUGGGAGCAGGGCGGCAACUGGGGCUGGCGCUGGAGGAAGGUGUGGAGGUGAUGAAUGCCACUGAACACAUCAUCCUGAGCAAAGAGUGCACGAAGGGCCUCGUGAAGAUGGUGUACUGCUCCCACUGCAGGGGCUUGACGCUUAUCAAGCCCUGCGUGGGAUACUGUCUGAACGUCAUGCGAGGCUGCUUGGCCAGCGUGUCGGAGCUGGAUCAGCCUUGGAGGAGGUAUACCAGUUUAUUGGAGCAACUCACCCACGCCAUGGCCGGGCACCACAGCCUGGAACUGGCCCUGCUGGAGGUCAGGGGUCGCGUUCACAAGGCCCUGCUGUACGCACAGCUUCAUGGUCCAAUCAUCGCUGCCACAGUGGACAAGGUGUGUGGCCUGACUACUGUGGAACCUGCAGGCAUGCAGCCUACUAGCCCCGAGGUCACAACCUCCACCGUGACCUCAUCGUCUCCUCUUCCAUCUGCCGCUCCCUCCCAACCUCUACCAGAGCAGUGGCAGAGGCAGCUCUCCCACUUGAUGAGCUCGUUCCCCCUGAAACCCUCCAAGAACAAUAAACAUAGUCUGAGAACGCUCUCUAGGGAAUUCUUGAUGUACCUGCAGCGCUACAAGUCUUUCUUUGCAGCGUUGCCGGAGAUGCUGUGCGAGGGGGAGAACGUAGUGGACGACUCCACGUGCUGGAGCGGAGAUGAUGUAGUUGAGAGCUACUCUGGCAGAGUUGUUGGAAACGGUCUGCACGCUCAGAGGCAAAACCCGGAGGUCAAGGUUCGCAGUGUUGACCCUUCACUGGCAGAGGUCAAGGAGAGGUUGGAUCGCUUCAACCAGGAGACCCAGGAGAGGUUUCCAAAACUGGACCAGGUGGAGGACUGGGACGAGCUGGGCAGUGGGAAGUCUGAGGGCAGCUCCACAGGCUGUGAUGACGAAGAUGGAUGUCAAGCCUCAGGAGACGGUGAAGACAAUAUCUCACACACAGACGCUGCCAGUGAAAGGAGGCCCGUCGGCAGAAAGCCUGGAGGUGACAGCCCACACGAGAACCCUUCCAGGCCCCCCUCGGUGAAGGUGAGAGGGGGUUCGCCGUCUGCCAGCUGGGCACGACCCUGGAGCCUUGCACUGCUCCCUGCUGCCCUUUGCCUGCAGUGGACCCUGUUCUGAGGCCAGCACCGGCUGUGAAUCCCCCUUCACCUUCUAGGAAACAUGCAGACAGACGUUCAUAUCAUAUAAAUCACAUCACGGUAUCCUUACUCCUGUCCUCAAUCUGCACGGGUGGAAAGUAGCGAUGGAGAAAGGAGAGAAGAUGGAGACGGAAAAGAGAGGAGGACAACAUUGUAGAUGGGGGGGGGGGGGCUCCUGCAGGAACUUUACUGAUCCCAUGCACGGCCAUCUACAAAGAUUAUGCCUGCUGCUUCCACUAGGCUGUUCUGGGAUAAGAUAUGUGUGUAUAACGGACACCAAUAUAGUCCUGCAGCUCCUUGCUCCACUCACACUCAACACGUACUUCAUAGUUCAGAGCAGGACUUCAUCAAUAUGAUUUUACUUAAAAACACAUUUCGACGCACGUUCAUGUUUUCUACACAGAGCUGUCCUCGUCGUCUGCUGCUGGAUUUUACUUUCAGGCUCAUCACAGCCCUUUGCCAGCCAGACUGAAGAAUUCUGCUUAUUUGAAAACUCAAACCUAUUUUCUUUUUGAGGAUUAAGGAAUGCAUGAUAGAUUGAUAGAUCAAUCCCAGGUGCCUGGCCCAGCGCAGCAGAUUGGAUAUACUCUGACUGUGUACCCUGGCAGGGAUUAGAAUGUAAUGAGUUCACAGAUAGAGCACAGGCACACUUGCACGGUUGCAACACAUUGCGCAGACAAACUAGGUGUGUAUAGUAUGUAACUGUAUAUAGGUGGAGACAUUUGAUGGGAGUGUGUGAAGUUUUGAUUCUGCAAAAAUGCUCUUAACUGAUUUAGAUGAAUGGGUUUUUUCUUUUGUUUUUCGUCCUGCAAUGAAUGGACUGUGUUGUCUGCUGUCCACACUGUGUAGAAAACAAUGCAAAACAGACUACAGAGAUUUAAUUUCUAUAACAAAUAAAGCAGGAAUGUACAUCAUUUACCAACUCAACGCCGUGAAAUGAACGGACACAUUUUGGUCCACACAUUGUUGAUUUUUAUGAUGUUUAUCCUGCAUCCAGUUGUGUGUGUUUGCUUGUUGAAUUGCAUAUUAAUGCAUGUAUAACCUUCAAGGUUCUCCAAAUCUCUAUGAUGGGAUCAGGCCUUUCUUCAGAUAGCAUAACACAAACGUAUAUUUUCAAACCUGCAAUUUUUCACUGACCUUUCUUGAUCAAAUGAUUGUUUGGUAUUUGAAAACAAGAGGCAGGUUGGGCAGCAGAUUCAAAUGCAAUUCAACAUAUAAAAACAUUACUUUUACAUUAUUGGGUGCAUCUAUUGUUUGAUGUAAUUCAGUGGCAGCCAUUGUAUAAGUCCUUCAAGGAUUGUAUUGUGUAAUGUCUCCUGUUGUGGAUUCUUCUUGAAUAUCAGGGCAGCAUGGCAUCUUCCUUUAAGGGGGCUCUGGGUUCAGGGUUGGGACGGAGCCAGUUCCUGCUUCAAACCAGUUCUUUGUGAUUUGACCGUCAAAGAACUGUCUCUUGGUAACAAACAAAAAAAACUGGUUCGACUCUGGCACCAACCCUUUGCUGGACUAGAAGAAAGAACUGCUUACGUCAGGGACUGGGGAUGGGAUUAUUAUACCUUUCAUGUGUAGCAAAGAGACACUGUAGUCCGUGCUAGUGACGUAUAGAGUUAUUUUGGAACGUGAAAAAACAAAGUUAGACCAGUGUGGAGUUUUCCGGUGCCUGUGAGGGUGUCCUCUGGGUACUCCGGCUUCCUCCCCCACUUCAAAGACAUGUAGUUCAGGUUAAUUGGUGACUCUUAAGUGCCUAGAUAGUUGUGCAUGUUAGGCAGAUUGGUCGAUUGUCUCUAUCUUGGUUAAAGUCCCUCUUGGACCCUUGAGGAAUAACCGCUAAAGGAAGCCCAAAUGCCUGCUGACCAUCCUUGGAAUCCAAACAGUUAAAGGGCAAAUGAUCACUUGUUUCAAACGAUCCCUCGUGACGAUGGAACAAAGGGGGAAAAAAACAACCCGUGUGACUUGUACAAUGGCUUCCUCUGUAUACCAGGUUCGUUCCUUGUGCAGAUGAGGAUUUUCUAUGCACAGAUAUAUGGUACAGCAGUGUGAGUGAGGAUGAUGAAUGUAUGGCCAUUGCUAUGCAGAUGCAAUAUUAAAGCUGACUAAGCCCUGCACAGAUACAGUAUCUAAGCUACGGGCUACACACACUUUAAGCUUGACAUGGGUCUAUGAGCAGUGAUAUACCUCUUCCAUUAACUACACUUUAUUCUAGACAACUUGUUCCUGUCUCUACUGACAAGAGAUUCACCUUUAACUCUGCCUGUAUGUGUUCAAAAAGGAUGACCCGCUUAACCACACGCAAACAUAUACAAAUGUCUAUUAAAGGCCUGUGCUUAAUGAGGAAUGAUGAUUACUACCUUUACAACGUAAGGUCUCUACAGUUUAAAUGUGUCACAUUUCAUGUUCUGUAACCACGUUUGUUUAGUUCCUAUAAUUUGCUCCAUGUUGUUCCAGACUGGCGUUCAUUGCACCCACAGGUCACUUACAGCCCUAUACCCUCGCAUGUGUAUAAAUGUACAUAUUUUAAGUCACU